GCGGCUCCCCCCACGUGUCCGCCGGAGUUUCUCCAGCAGCAACAUGGCCGCUGCCUGAGAGGAGAGCCGGGCCGCCGCCGCCUCUGCAGCCCGCGGGUACCUGGGCCGUUGCCGCCGCCCGCGCGCGGGCCCCGCGGAGAGAUCAAGUCCGAGGACUGCGUGGCUGGCUCCCCCCUAGUAUGGCCAAUGAAGAGGAUGACCCAGUCGUACAGGAGAUCGACGUGUACUUGGCCAAAAGUCUGGCAGAGAAGCUCUAUCUGUUUCAGGCCUUGGGGCUGCAGGCCUGUCCUUUGGGCCUUUUGAACCUAGUUCCUUGACUGACCGCAGAAUGGUGGUGGAGCUGGUGGUGGUGCAGUGACCCUUGUGUGUUCAUGGUGUGCUGGGCCCUGUGCCGGUUUCACCUCUGUUCACCUCAUCCCCUGCUUCCAGCGGCCCUGUGAGUACCCUGUGCGCCCAGCCUCGAUGACCUACGAUGACAUUCCGCACCUCUCAGCCAAGAUCAAGCCCAAGCAGCAGAAGGUAGAGCUUGAGAUGGCCAUCGACACCCUGAAUCCCAACUAUUGCCGCAGCAAAGGGGAGCAGAUUGCGCUGAACGUGGAUGGCGCCUGUGCCGACGAGACCAGCACGUAUUCCUCGAAGCUGAUGGACAAGCAGACGUUCGUCUCCUCCCAGACCACCAGUAACACAUCCCGUUACGCCGCUGCACUCUACAGGCAAGGUGAGCUCCACCUGACGCCUUUACAUGGCAUCCUGCAGCUGCGGCCCAGCUUCUCCUACCUGGAUAAGGCAGACGCCAAGCACCGAGAGAGGGAGGCAGCCAAUGAGGCAGGAGACUCUUCACAGGACGAAGCAGAAGAAGAUGUGAAGCAGAUCACGGUACGGUUCUCCCGGCCUGAGUCGGAGCAGGCCCGCCAGCGCCGUGUGCAGUCCUACGAGUUCCUGCAGAAGAAGCAUGCCGAAGAGCCCUGGGUCCACCUGCAUUACUAUGGCCUGAGGGACAGCCGCUCUGAGCACGAGCGCCAGUACCUGCUGUGCCAGGGCUGCAGCGGGGUCGAGAACACAGAACUUGUCAAAUCACCCAGUGAGUACCUCAUGAUGCUGAUGCCACCCAGCCAGGAGGAGGAGAAAGACAAACCCGUGGCCCCCAGCAACAUCCUGUCCAUGGCGCAGCUGCGCACCCUGCCCCUGGCUGAUCAGAUCAAGAUCCUGAUGAAGAACGUGAAGGUCAUGCCUUUUGCCAACUUGAUGAGCCUCCUAGGCCCUUCCAUCGACUCUGUGGCUGUUCUGCGUGGCAUCCAGAAGGUGGCGAUGUUAGUCCAAGGAAACUGGGUGGUGAAGAGUGACAUUCUGUACCCCAAGGACUCCUCCAGCCCUCACAGUGGCGUGCCUGCCGAGGUGCUCUGCAGGGGCCGAGACUUUGUCAUGUGGAAGUUCACGCAGAGCCGGUGGGUGGUAAGGAAAGAGGUGGCAACGGUGACUAAACUCAGUGCAGAGGAUGUGAAGGACUUUCUGGAGCACAUGGCCGUAGUGAAGAUCAACAAAGGCUGGGAGUUCAUACUGCCUUAUGACGGGGAGUUCAUCAAGAAGCAUCCAGAUGUGGUCCAGCGGCAGCACAUGCUGUGGACGGGCAUCCAGGCCAAAUUAGAAAAAGUUUAUAAUCUUGUGAAGGAAACUAUGCCAAAGAAGCCAGAUGGACAAUCAGGGCCUGCUGGGCUGGUCUCUGGGGACCAGCGGGUCCAAGUAGCCAAGAGCAAGGCACAGCAGAACCAUGCACUGCUGGAACGGGAGCUGCAGCGGAGGAAGGAGCAGAUCCGGGCGUCCUCAGUCCUGCCUGGUAUUCGGAUCAAGGAGGAGCCCAUGAGCGAGGAGGGAGAGGAAGAGGAAGAGCGGGAAGUGGGGGAAGACGAGGAGCCCAUGGACACCUCACCCAGUCGUGGCCUCCACAAUAGGCUUGCCAACGGGCUGCCUGCUGGGCGGGCAGCAGGCGGGGACAGCUUCAAUGGGCAUCCGCCCCCAGGCUGUGCCAACACCCCUGUGGCCCAGGAACUGAGGGCCUUCGUGGAGGCCACCUUUCAGAGACAGUUUGUGCUCACACUGAGUGAACUCAAGCGUCUCUUCAACCUGCACUUGGCCAGCCUGCCCCCUGGCCACAUGCUGUUCAGUGGCAUCUCAGACCGCAUGCUGCAGGACACGGUGCUGGCCGCCGGUUGCAAGCAGAUACUGGUGCCUUUUCCCCCACAGACUGCUGCUUCCCCGGAUGAGCAGAAGGUAUUCGCCCUCUGGGAGUCUGGAGACAUAAGUGAUCAGCAUCGACAGGUUUUGCUUGAAAUUUUUUCCAAAAAUUACCGGGUACGCCGGAACAUGAUCCAGUCUCGGUUGACUCAAGAGUGUGGAGAAGAUCUAAGUAAACAGGAGGUGGAUAAAGUGCUAAAGGACUGCUGUGUAAGCUAUGGUGGCAUGUGGUAUCUUAAAGGGACGGUGCAGUCUUGACAAUAGUUGCAAACCACUAACCCAACAGAUCCAAGCCCAAGGAAAGAAGGCAGAGCCAGCAGAGGUGGAAGUAGAUUCUCGAUUGCUUCAGAAGACGUGGAGCAAGAGGAACUGACCAUCUCGUGGCCUGGGGCGUUGCACUGUCCAGUGGACAGAGGGGAUCAUACUCAGCCAGUGGCAGGGUCAGCUUAAGUUAAAUCGCUCUCAGAAGAGACCAGCUGGGACCUUCUUUCAGUACGAUUUGAAAUUCCUCAUGUAUUUUGCUUAUUAUUUGGUUUCAUUCUCAUAAUAAAGAGAGUGUAUACUGACA